CCCGCUCACGAGGCGUGCCGUACGGAGAGAGAUCCACGCACGCAGCAUCACUGAAACCUGCAGGGCUGGUCAGAGCGUGAAGGACCGCGCGGUACACAGAACGGAGACGGGAUCGGUCCCCGUGUGGCAUCCGAAUUCCUUCUUUCCUCUCAGAUCCAAGAAACCCCCGAGUGCUGCUUUCUCACAGCCAGGCAGGUGUUCGGUCUGACAUUACUGACCCGCACUCCUCAGCACUGGAAGCAAACGAGUACGUAUAUGAGAUGUAUAACCGCAUCCGAUUCUGGCUCCAAGAGACGAAUCUCCACAGGUUUCAUUUAAAUACGCAAAGACUAUGGGGUGCUUCAGAACCACAUGCAGUUACAAGUGAGCAGCCUACUCGCAUUUAAACGCAGAUGCCUUAAGAAUAAUUAUAAAUCGAUCGAUCUCCACGUGAACCAGUAGCAGAAAGGAGCCUGUCCACGCAGUGAAGACAGCAGAGCAGAGCAGGCAGUCCUAAGGACGCCGAGCAAACUGCCUUUCAGCUCUCACAUUUAUAAAUAAUUUACUUCUAUCCACCUGUGCCCAGAAUAACAAUUUGCUGCCUGAAAUCUCGGAGCUGGUGCCGGGAGGCUGCCGGGGACUCGCUUUCCCGGGACCCUCUGGACCUGUUGGGCAGGGGUCCGGGUCUCCAGAGGGAUCUGCCCCUAGUGGGAAGAGGCACCGAGAAACAAACACAGGAGCAUCCGUUCAGCUGAUCGCGUUGGGUCUUCACGCUGCCGCCACUUAGCUAUCUGCCUAUGCAGCCAUCCGCGCGUUCAGACAAACGUACAGACAGAUAGAGCGUACGGGUAGGUCUGGAAACGUCUGUAGCUGCGGAAGGCUGCAGAGCUCCUCCGUGAAGCAGACGUCAAGGAGAGGCUCUGUUUCCCCGAACAGGGGGAGCGUUAUGAAACACGAGUGUGCCGACCGUGGCUGAGGAUUUGGGCAGCGCAGCGCUGAGGCUGCUUCGCUCCUGCCUGCUGGCGCAGGAGGCCAUGGAGCGUUUCUCUCCCGCCAGCCCCAGCACGGCGCAGGACCCCGGCUCCCCGGCCCCGUGAGCCGCGGGGACCCCGGCGAGGGACCGUGACGGACGGCGGACUUUGCCUGGCUACAACAGGAGUUCCUCGACCAUAACAGAAAGGCUGUUGGCCGACCAUAUGCUCUGCUCAAAGUAACACUCAAAGCAGCACCGUGUCAGGAAAGCGUUGCUCUCGAGGGGGGCAGGUGCGUUCAAGCCAGCACUGAUCCAUCCUCCAGCACGUAAAACUUUCUAAGUUGGAAGACGAGCUUGUUGCUUGUGAGCGCCCAGACAGCACGGCCAGAUCUUUCGGUAGGGAUGCUGGCGCGACACAUCGGAGCUUCAGCGGUCAGGACAGGCCGAAAGCCCCUUCACUUACAUCUCAUCGGUCACCUCGUUACUUUACUGAAAAUCCCUAGACGGUUUCCGCAUCGGCUCUCGGGCGGCUCAGCAGAGCACAAGGAUGGCAUCACCCCGGGUGCGUGCGGAGCCCCAGGGCCAGCCGGGCGCCUGAGGCCAGCGGCACUGCCGCACCAGCCCACUCCCUCUGCCGCGGCCGUCCGGGAAGAAGGCUUUUCAUCAGCAGAAGGCACCGAAGUGAUGGGCUGAACUUAUGGGAGGAACCGGUGCCCGGCCAGGCAGAGAUUCAGGGGCCCGUCGGGAGGCGUGAAGGGCCCGGGUUCAGGAAGGGCAUGGCCAAAGCUUUCUUCAGGCUACAGAAGUUUCUCCGUCGGACCCAGUUCCUGCUCUUCUUCCUCACAGCAGCUUACCUGAUGGCUGGCAGCCUCCUGCUGCUACAGCGGACCCGCCUGGUUAUCCAGCAAGGUUUGCGCGGUACCUCUGCUAAUCAGGCCCUGCCGGUGCCAGAUGGGAUGGCCGGGGUCGGGGUCCUCGACCCCAGGACGCUGCAAAACCCCCGCGCCGGUCCCAGGCUGCUGGUGGGCAUGGACGCGAUGCAGGAGCCGGCCCUGGACCAGCGGCACAGCCCGCGGUGGCUCGUGUCCCGCAACUCGGAGCUCAGGCAGUUGAGAAGAAGGUGGUUUCACAGGUUCAUCAGCGAUCAGGAGCCCAUGCAAACAGCGGGAUUUAAAGUUAUGAAGCACACUGCUGAACACAAAGGCACCUACGUGGGAUGCUUCAGCGAUGAUUCGAGGGAGAGGACACUGAAGGGAGCUGUGUUUUAUGACUUAAGAAAAAUGACAGUAUCUCACUGUCAGGAAGCUUGUGCUGAGAGGGCUUACACCUACGCGGGCCUGGCGUACGGAGCAGAGUGCUACUGCGGGAACAAGCUCCCAGCGACCGCCUCGAAGCCCGAGGAGUGCAACAGCGAGUGCAAGGGGGAAAAGGGCUCCAUCUGCGGAGGGGUGAACCGGCUCUCUGUCUACAGGGUGGAGGAGCUGCGGGCAGGAGCGAGACGACGGAGGAAUGUUAUCUAUCGAGGAUGUUUUAGAGCUCCAGAAAAUUUAACAGACACCUUUCCAGCCUCUUUGAUACAGCCCAAUUUGACGGUGGAGAUGUGCUCUGAAUUUUGCUCCAAGAAAGAGUUUCCCUUGGCAGUCAUCCGAGGGCAGGAGUGCUACUGCGGCUACCCCACCGGGCGCUUCUCGCUGCAUGACGGCGCAGACGGGCUGCUCUGCAGCAGGACGCGCAACGCCAGCAGCACUGCCGAGGGAAAAUACUGCCUGGUCUAUCAGACACCGGUGCAAGACACCCGCUGCACAGACAGGAAAUUCUUAACCACCAAAUCCAAAGUGUUUGUUGCUUUGUCGAGCUUUCCUGGGGCUGGGAAUACGUGGGCUCGCCAUUUGAUAGAACACGCCACAGGAUACUACACGGGAAGCUAUUACUUCGAUGGAGCCCUGUACAACAAAGGUUUUAAAGGAGAAAAAGACCACUGGAGAAGUAGAAGGACCAUCUGCGUGAAAACACAUGAAAGUGGCAAGACAGAGAUCGAAAUGUUCGACUCAGCGAUCCUGUUGAUAAGGAACCCGUACAAGUCGCUGAUGGCAGAGUUCAACAGGAAAUAUGCCGGGCACCUGGGGUACGCCACCGACCGCAACUGGAAGAGCAAAGAGUGGCCCGAUUUCGUGAACAGCUAUGCGUCCUGGUGGGCCUCCCAUGUCCUGGACUGGCUGAAGUACGGGAAGCGCCUGCUCGUCGUCCACUACGAGGACCUGAAGCAGAGUCUCAUCCCCAAGCUGAAGGAAAUGGUGGAGUUUCUGAAUAUGACAGUGACAGAGGACCGACUGCUCUGCGUUGAGAACAACAGGGAUGGGAAUUUCAAGCGGUCUGGUGCUAAGCAAAAGGAUUUUGAGCCAUUCACCCAGGAAAUGAAAGAUCUUAUCAACAGAUACAUCCUGACAGUAGAUGAAGCCCUGAGGGGAAGAAACUUCACAGGGCUGCCCAGAGAGUACGUGCCAAGAUGAUAGCCUCGUAGCACUCAGCUGUGUUUAAAAAUAAAAUAACUUUUUCUACCAAAAAAAAAAAAAAGAAAAAGAAAAAAGACCAGAGCUUUAUAGCAGUUAAAGCAAAGAUACUUGUGGAGUCUGCUGAGCAGUGCAAAUUCUCUCCACUCCUGGGUGUUUUUCAGGGCACUAAGUGUUCCAGAAGGCAAGCAACGAAGGAUGGAAAUUGGGUUAUAAACCAAGGCAAAAAGCUAUUAGAGUCUACCUGCGUGUGCCCCUCCCUGCACAAACAGCUCAGAACUUCACAGCGGAGCACCCCUGCUUCUGAAGAAGGCACGCUGCCUUCUCGCCCCCACAGACCAGCCAGGGGCUGCUUGGGUUUUCACAGCAACGGUCUUGGAAGUGGACGUACAUUAAGGGGGACGAAAAAAGAAAAAAGUCAUAACACUGAUCAACAAUAUUCAUCUGAGCAUUUAAGAAAAUCAGUUGCUUUCUUCUUAGUAUAGCCCACUAAUUUCCUUCUCCCGCGUUUGCUAGUCAGAUCACCUGCCACAGCAGUGUCAGAGGUGCAGGGGGACAAAAGCACCAGUGGGCAAAGGUGCCCUAGAUGCUGAGCAGAGAGAUGCUUCAGGACCGACCCCAGGCUUCCCUGCGGGAACAGCAUGAGCUCCGCAGGGAGGUGCGCAGCCACAGCAUCCCCUGUGGCGAGGUACAUGGCCAGGGACCCAUAGGAGAAAACAGAAAUUCGGCAUGGCUGGGGAUGGAAAUCCCUGGGUGCCACCAGUCCCAAACAGACCCAAGACCUGGCCCCAGGGGCACGGAGGAGGCCCCAGAGGGGUGGGAGAGGAGGGGCAGCCGCCCGUGCCCGGACCUCGGCACAGGUUUCUGUGCCUCCAACCCUGCGUCCGGAGAGUCACAGUGGGGCCAGGGAGACACCGGGGCCAAACGUCGCUGCGCUCGGUGCACUUGGUGCUACAAGUGGCCACAGCCAGGCAGCACUGAGGUGAGCCCGGACCACCCAGGCAGCGGGGACAGAGGGGAUGAGCCCCAGCACGGGCAGGAUCCUGCCUGCCCUCCCAUCCCUGGAGGAAGGCCAAGGCAGUCCAACCUGAAAAAUGUUAAGCUACUUAUUGCUGCUCUCCAGAGCCACCCCCAGCAGCAAUGUGUGUUUUAUUUCACACUCACUGCAGUUUGUUUCCUCCCGUGCUGGGCCGCCUGUGCGGUGCGGAGGGAGCAUGGUGCAGUGCGGGAGCCGCCGGAGCAGCUGGGAGAUGGUUAAACUGCACAGCCCAAGGGGCUGCCCUGCUGCAAGGUGCUUUUGUUCAUGUGAAAUAAAGGAUUCCUUAAAAACUUGAGUGAAAAUACUAGUUUUAAUAAAACAGGAAGUUUAUAUAAAGGGAGCUGGACUUCCUCUACGUGUGUAUCAUUGGUGCUUUAAAAAAAAUACAGGACACGGAGCACAC